AUGGGCAGACUUAUAAGGAGGGAUCUUGGCUCCUGCAGCCAUUUCCCCUGCAGGGCUGAGCUCUUUGGCUGGCUUGCCACUUCCUUAGCAGAGGGACUGCUGGCAGGGGCAACAUCUGAGCAGGUCAUGAAGCCUCAGGAGGCAGAGCUUGUUACUGAAAUCUCCAAGUUACAAUGCAUGGUUUCGGAGCUGAAGUCGGGGUUCACCAGCGCUCUGCUGGAGCUCAGUCAGAUUCAACAUGGAGACACAUACCUGAGAGAGGAGCUGGAGGAGAACAGGAGGAGCUGUCAGAAAAAAGCUCUAAGGCUGGAGGCUCUAGUCGACUCACUGAGGGAGGAACUCAGUGUGAUGAGGUGUCAGAUCGUGCAGCUGUACAGCAACAGACACAGACCUCAGCAGGAUGGAAAAAGCUCCACAUCCAAGCAAAGAGAAAGCGAUCCAGCUGAGCUGGAGUGUGUACAACGUCAGUGUGAUUGUUCAUCUGCUCCACCUGCCUGUCUGUCCAGAGGAAAACUGCUCCUCCACUGUUUCCUGCAGGGCCUCAAAGCCGGUCUCAGUGAAGGCACAGAUGCACGCCAUCAGGUCGCAAUGCAGCUCCUGCACUCUGAGUGGGAAUAUGUGUCAACCUUAAACCAGCUGUACGACAAAUACAAGACCCCACCGGCUCACCACAUGACUGCAGAACCAUAUCAGACGUAUUUGAAGUUUGUGGAGCAGCUGUUACAGCGCCAUCUGCUCUUCAGAAAUACACUGCAGGAGCGGUUAUCAGCUGAACACUGGAAAUCUCUGGUUGGAGACAUCCUGGUGCAGCUUAUUGGCCACAACGAUACAGCUUUUUCAGACAUGUACCUCGGAUACACAACGACCCUGGCGUCAUUCCUCUCACUUGAGUUCAAGAGACUCAAUCAUCCUGACAAGAGUCAAAUUUUGCAGGGCAGCCAGAUUGAGAGAGAGGAAAUGAAACUGCUCUCCUUGCUGUUGGCACCUGUCGCGCGCAUACACAGCUACCUGAGUCACAUUCAGAACCUCUUGCAGUGGACUGGUAAAGAGCAUCCUGAUUGCAGCCUCUUGUUGGGAACUGAGCGAGCUCUGAGGAGCAUUUUAUCCCGCUGUCAUGUAAUUCUCGAGGAAGACGUCCGGUGGGAAGAAGGAGAAGUAGCUGGACAAAGCACCUCUGAUGCUGGGGCUGGCGUUUCUGCUGCAAACUGUUGCACGAGGAGCCAGCACACCAGAGAGUCUCAGCAGGCCAGGGAAGAGUCAAACGCUGCUGCUCAGAGAGAUGACCAGAUAGCUGUCGGCCUCAGCAAUGGCGUGAAUGGCUGCCAGUCAAUGCGUCUGGAGUGUUGGUCCUGCAGCCCUGUGAGAAGAGACCGAGCCCUCCUGAACCAGCCGGCCCAUGACUGUGGACAUGCCUACUGCUCCCUCCUCACUCCAGACACAGCAGGAUGGGGAGACAACAGCGACUCAGGCCAGGGCACCUUCAGCCAGCCCACGGGGAAAGGCACCAACGAGCUAGAGGCACCUCGCACGAACCACAGCUUGGAAGACUGUGAGACAGACCCCGAUGACACCUCUGCCUUUGACUAUUCCUCAGUCACCUCAUGUAGCCCUGAUGGCACUCUGCGCAGGGAGAUGACGGGUAGCAACAGCGGGGAGGAUGAAGAGGAAGACAGCCAGGUGCCAGUGCUGUUAAAGCCCUCAUACAGUCAGCAGCAGCAGGUCAAAGAGACACCAAGAGAGAGGACUGUGUGUCUGAGGUGGCAGAUUCCAAGACUCACCCCUCACCCUCCUCUGAGGAACCCAUCAGGACCCCACAUGGACGGGCCAACGCCGUGUCUCGUCAGCUCCUACGGGAAGAGGUUGGUCAGUGUUAGAAAGGGAUCGCCUCCUCUUCACCCGAAAAGUGCCUUCAGGCCAAUCUGGGAUGAUCCGUCAAAGCAGGCUGAUUCAGCCCCAGAGAAAGACAACAGGCAAGGUUUCAUUCCGAUUCAGGCUCCAGCGAGGCAAAACUUUCAGAAUUUCAACCCAAGCAGAGAAAAUCUGAGGACAGGGCUGGCUCAGCAGCGAGUGAACCAUGCAGCAGCAGCCACGCGCAGUGGAGGAUUGUGGGAUGACAGUGAGGACAGCGAGGGACCCUGCAGCACUGUUUGAUGACUGCCAUUUAAAAAAAUAAACUUUGAAGUUACAUCCAGAACCUGAGCACAAGCAUUUUUCCACAAGGCCUCUAAAGCCGUGAAGUGCAUGA